CGCGCACGUGUGCGGGGUGGGGGGGCCCGGUCCGCGCUCCCCGCGGUGGAUGGUUGGGUCCCUGUCCGUCCCCUUCUCCCCCUCCCGCCGCCGGGGCUCCGAGCCGAUCCUCUCUCGUUGUCGCGCAGCCCCCCCGCCGCCAGUCCUCCCCCUCUCACCGCCAUGGCCGACGAGCUCGACUUCACCACGGGCGAUGCCGGCGCCUCCUCCACCUACCCCAUGCAGUGCUCGGCGCUGCGCAAGAACGGCUUCGUGGUGCUCAAGGGGCGUCCCUGCAAGAUCGUGGAAAUGUCCACCUCCAAGACUGGCAAGCACGGCCACGCCAAGGUUCAUUUGGUUGGUAUUGAUAUCUUCACUGGUAAAAAAUAUGAAGAUAUUUGCCCAUCAACUCAUAACAUGGAUGUUCCAAAUAUCAAGAGGAAUGAUUACCAGCUGAUAGGCAUUCAGGAUGGGUAUCUCUCCCUGCUGACAGAAAGUGGUGAAGUUCGUGAGGAUCUAAAGCUGCCAGAAGGGGAUCUUGGCAAAGAAAUAGAAGGAAAAUUCAAUGCCAAUGAAGAUGUGCAGAUAUCUGUCAUAAGUGCAAUGAAUGAAGAAUGUGCUGUAGCCAUAAAGCCUUGCAAGUAAAGAAGAUUGCCAGGCUCGGGCAACUGCUCAGGUCUGGACAAACCACAGAUCUAUAAAUUUGGUCCUUAUUGUCACCAAAGCUCUGGCCUUCACAAGCAACCUCAUUUCCUUUUUGAAUUGUUAAAAAGCAGUGCUGGAUUCUGGAUUAGUGUUGCAGGCUAACUGGCAGUUUUCAAAAUCACUGAGAUUUUAAUUCCUUAAUUGUAACUAUUUUAACAUUCCUGUGGGUUUCAGCUAUGGAUCUAAGAAACCAAUCAGGUGUUACUAGUGGAUAUAUUUUUAUUUGCUUGAGCAAAACAGUGUUUGUCUGUAUGAACAGACAAAAUACAGUAUUCAGGGGCUUUUAGAUAAGCUGGUAGAUAUCUAGGAUUAUAAAGUGACCUAGAGCACAAAUAGUAUUUUUCUUGACAUCUUUAGGUAGAACUGACAAUAAAAGUAGCUUUUUUUUUUUCUUUCCUUUUUUUAAAGCUUAAGUACUUUGUGGAUUGGGACUCUUGCAGAACUGUAGGUGCCAAUCACAAGUUUUAGACCAAGAAACUCAAGUGAUCAGAAAUGCCAGCUGGCUUGACCAAGCCCCAGUGGCCAUGUGCAACUAAACUGUAUUACCUCUGUUUUCUUCUUUGCCAACUUGUUGGCUUAUUGUAACGAUAAAAUGGUUUAAAAAAAAAGCCUACCUGUGGUUUAGGCAGGCCGUUGGAAUAUUGAGUAGAUAAGACAUAGAUAGGUCAAGGGGACACAAAGGUGAGAAUGGAUGUUAAAGCUAUAGACUUUCACUCGAGGCCUUUGUCAGACUUGAAAAAUAAAAUAGAAAAAUGCAGUUCAAUUGCUUUCCUUUAUUAUAUUUAUCUUAACUAUAAAAGGGUGACAAACUCAUGGGAAUCUGUUGCAGUGCUUCCAGCUUUAGGUUUUAACCUUCAGGUUCAGACCAUAUUUUUGUAGCACAGGGACCACACGUUUUUCAGAAAGUGGGACAAACUGUAGCAUUGAGCCUAAACUAAAUGCAUGUGAUUCUUUUUUAAAAAAAAAUAAAACUGUUGUAUUUUCAAGACAUAAACUUGACAGACAAUACCGAACAACCAUGGCUUCACUAUAAAAGUAAAUAACUUGCUACCUAGUUAGGGAAGCUGGCUCCUGUCCUGGGGAGUUCUGAGUCAUAGCAACACACAUGCAUGCCUCUUAACUAUUUAGUAGCUUAACAAGGCUUCACAGCAAUAGUUAUGGAAGGAUAAUUAGCCUGCUCCUGUGUAAGGCAUUCAGCUUGAAUUCUAAGAUUUGGUGACUCUUCAUGAGUAGGGAAACUUCCUUAGUCCACGGCUCAGACCUCUCUUCACAGUUGAUAAAUUGUUUCAUGAACUUGCCUUAAUGCUCAGUGGCUGAUGAAGGAUGACACAGAAGCUGCCCCGGACAGCACGCACAAUUCACACUACUUGGCAGCCAGAGUUGGACUUCAUGCUGCUCUUAACUGCUUAAAAUGUUUUCAGCUUCAUAGUUUCUACUCUCUAGUCUCCAGAAGGCUUGUGGCAACUGUCACAAGCUGCCCUUGGUCACGCUGGGGCAGGGCCUAGCAAACCUUGGAGGUGUAAUGCAGGUGGCAAAAACAUGCGUUGUUCCCACACCAGGGAGAGCAGUACCAGUGAAGGUAAAGACAGCAAUAAAUACACUCUGGUAAUGAAGCACAGCUACCUGGGACACCUAGCAGAGGUAGGACCUGCCCACACGCUCUUGCCUAGCACAAAACGUGUUGCAGGUGAACUCUUAAAAAUAGCACCUUGACUGAAAUGGCAAAACUGCUUUGAAAAGGAGCUCUAGCUUGAAAUGCUUCCAGAAUAGCUCUGAAGUGGAUGUGGAAUAGUUCGGGCUAGUCCACACUGUGCUCCCUCCUGCCUCUCCAUCAAGCUGGUACCUGGAAGUCAGGCUUUGUUGGCUUUGGAGGUGUCUGUAACCAUUGCUGAUGAUGCUGACAGCAAGCUGAGCUGUGUGGUGUCACACGGGAAGUCACAGGUUGCUACGUCAAACUAAUGCAAGUUCUAUCACCAUAGUACAAAUACUUCCAAUACGCUUGAGAACUACAAGACUUGAAUUUGUCCCUGCUCUGGUAGAGCUUUAGUCUAUUUUCAGGUUCCUGUCUGUCCUCUAAAACCGUUUUGGAAGACAGGUACUCGAUGUCACUGGCCCACAAUCUGAGCAGUUACUUGGACUAAGCUCUCUGGGACCAGGGCUGGAUUAAGUCCUGAUCCCACAAGUGGAGUCCUGGCCUGACUGGAGUUUUCAGGUACUACAGUAAUCUAAAGAUAGAGGUUUCAUGACCUCCAGCUUGCUGGAAGAGUCCUCCUUGGGACUUUCAGAUGUCCUUCUAUUGCAACCUUCAGUUCUGCAAGAUUUAAAUGAUUAAGUACUUCAUUAUAGGUUUGUUCUUAUAUACUUAGUUGUCUUUGUGAAGCACUUCAGGCACCAUGGAAGUGCAGAGCAUCAUGCAUGAAGUUUCCCAUAGGUACAUAAGCAUGUCUUAAAGCAUAAUCUCCAAGUUUCAGUAAGGUUAAAAGUUGCUUCUAAAUUAAAACAUGUAUUUGAGGCUUUUUUUUUUUUCUCCAAAGUAAGACGCUUCAGUUUCCUGACAGAAUCGUUGCAACAAACUUUGUGAUCAGUAGUCCAUAGAGAUGUGUAUUUUUAAUAUCCAUAACCAAGUGCUUAGGGAAGUUCUCCUUUCAUAGCUUUACUUUAAAACAAAUCUUACCGGUGUAUUUGUUCUGUAUUACUGUCUUAACACUUAAAUUGUGUCAAAACCAUAAACUACUUAUAGCUGAUGGCAAUUGCUUAGAGUAAAGCCUGUGAACACAGGGAGGUGGUGAGAGGUAUUUCCACUCCAAAUAACAUGGUUUUGUAUGACUCCUGUUCAUUGAGUUUCUCUUACUACUUCACACAAUUGGAAAGACUGCAGUGUUUCCUGCCUCAAAUGUUGGCAAAUAAUACUUUAAGAAUUCAACAGAUCCUUCUAAUUUUUGCUUAUAAUGGUGGUUUUUCAACUGGGCUCUUGCUGGUUGAGCCAUGUUCUCAGGGCUGUUUUUUUUAAGCUGAAGUUCAUUGUUUCUCUUGCAGGUUUUUCUAAUCCGAAGUGUACCCAGAAACGGUGCACGGUCUGUAGUUUCACAAUACAGAUAAUUUUACAUAAUCUGUAAAGAAGUCAAGUUUGUUGACAGUUCUAACUCUUAUGGUUACUGCAGGUCAGUCUCACAAGAAUUCAAAAUUCAAUAAAUCCCACUAUUUUAUUUUAUUUUUUUUUUCGGUUGAGUAAUUAGAAUGUAGUUUGUUACAGUAGACUUCAGGCUAUAAAGAGACCUUGUUCAGGAUAUCUCGAGUACCUGCUGGGAAUGUUACCGAAGGCGCGGAUCCUGGAGCGAUCGGCAGCUCAGCACGGGGUGGUCGGAGGCUCUCCAGCACCUGCACUGUGGCCCUGCAGUGUUUGGCAUCCGGGAGUGACUUGGUUUGUUGAACUCCGAGGAAAUGUUUGCUGUGCUUUGCUGUAUCGCAGAACCCCUUUUGUCCUGUGCUGUGUGUUGUAAGCGAACCCGGCUGCUGCUGCUCCCGGAGCUCCACGGCCUCCACGGCUUUUAGGAACCCACCCUGCGAGCCGGGCGCCGCAGCAGCUCCGGUGUCUGUUUGGGAAGCUCUGUUACUGUUCUCAACACCGUGGAAACGAUCAGGGGAAAGAUUUGUACGUGUGUGUGUGUUUUGCUCCAGAAACAAUAAAGGUGUCAGUGCUGUGGGGA